AUGUCGGAUGCUAAAUACUUUCAAAGAGGAAAAAUCCAUGAACUCCGUACGGAGUUGAACUCGGAAAAAAAGGAUAAGCAGCACACAAAGAAGAAGACAGUACUUAAGAAGAUUGUGGCCAACAUGACAAUGGGCAACGAUAUGUCCCCUUUAUUUCCUGAUGUAAUUAAUUGCAUGCAGAUUCCGGUGCUAGAAAUCAAAAAAAUGGUGUAUCUUUAUUUGAUCAAUUAUUCGAGAACGAAGCCGGAUAUAGCAGUUAUGGCAAUACCCACGUUCAUAAAGGACGCCGAGGAUCACAACCCACUGAUCCGUGCACUGGCGAUUAGAACCAUGGGAUAUAUCAAUGUCGAUAAGAUAGUUGACGCGUUGAUUGACCCUCUGCGACAUUGUUUACGUGAUCAGGAUCCAUAUGUUCGUAAGACGGCUGCAAUUGCUGUUGCCAAAUUAUACAUGUAUGAUAAAGGACUUGUUGAAAGUGAAGGCUUCAUAGAUUUACUGAGAGAUCUGCUCGCUGAUGCAAAUCCUACGGUCGUCGCGAACGCUGUUGCUGCAUUGACUGAAAUAUCCGAGAGAUCGGAUAACAUAUCGCUAAAAUUGAAUAUGACAGUUUCCAACAAACUAGUGGCUGCCCUAAAUGAAUGUUCAGAGUGGGGUCAGACAUAUAUAUUAGAAGCGUUGAUGCUGUUUGUGCCUCAGGAAAUUGGUGACGCUGAGUUGUUGUGCGAACGAAUUGCCCCACGGUUGCAACAUGCUAAUUCCAGUGUUGUUCUUACCGCUGUCAAAGUGAUAAUGUAUCUACUAAAUUAUAUGACCAAAGAAGAAGACAUAACUAAUAUGUGUAAAAAAUUAUCGCCUCCAUUAGGUAAUAGAUCAUCCGGUUUAUUUUUAGGCGGACCUGAAGUCCAAUAUGUGGCCCUUCGGAACAUCCUUCUGAUCAUCCAACGAAGGCCCGAUGUUCUGAGAAACGACAUCAAAGUUUUCUUCUGUAAAUACAAUGAUCCUAUUUACGUUAAAUUAGCUAAACUUGAAAUCAUGUAUCGUUUGUCUAAUGCGAUCAACGUGGACCAGGUUUUAUCGGAAUUAAAAGAGUAUGCAACAGAAAUCGAUGUUGACUUUGUGAGAAAGGCCGUACGAUCUAUUGGUCGUUUGGCGGUUAAAAUAGAAUCGACAGCUGACCGUUGUAUAUCCGCUCUGUUGGAACUUAUACAGACAAAGGUUAAUUAUGUUGUGCAAGAGGCUAUUGUUGUAAUAAAGGACAUAUUCCGACAAUAUCCAAAUCAAUACGAGAGUAUAAUUGGAACACUGUGUGAAAACUUGGACAAUCUGGAUGAACCAGAAGCAAAAGCUGCGAUGAUAUGGAUUAUUGGUCAGUAUGCAGAUCGUAUCGAGAAUUCGGACGAAUUAUUAGACGAUUUUCUUUUUACUUUCCUGGAGGAGCCUGUUGAGGUUCAGUUAUCAUUAUUGACAGCUACCGUUAAAUUGUUUAUAAAGAGGCCUAGUGCUGGGCAAGAGCUGGUCCCCAAGGUUUUGAGGUGGGCGACGGAAGAUGUUGAUAAUCCCGAUUUGCGCGAUAGAGGAUAUAUUUAUUGGCGGUUGUUAUCCACCGAUCCGGUUGCCGCAAAGGCCGUCGUCUUAUCGGAUAAACCACGUAUUUCUACCGAAAGUGACAACAUGGAACCUGUUAUGCUAGACGAACUUCUUUUACAUAUCUCAAGUCUUGCAUCUAUAUAUCAUAAAUCUCCACAAACAUUCAUUCAAAAUGCCAAACCGAAGUUUUUAGUGCCAUCUCCAGUACUAAAUAGCAGAUAUCCUGGACAACGACGAAAUCAUGAUUCAGAUUUUGGCGAUCUGUUAUCAGGGUCCUUUGGAACUUUUGAAGCGAAUCCGUAUAAUGUGAACACCGUUAAUCUCGGUGAUAAUAUCGUUGAAAACCUGCUUUUGGAUUUAUAA